AUGGAAUCCACAGCCAAAGGUGCUUGUGUUCCUCUUGGCGGUGUAUGUGAAAGUUCAAAUGAUUGUUGUGGUCGGGAUGAUCCUCAUUCAGGACAUUGUGUCGGUUGCUGGCGACAUGGUGGGAUAUUUAUUAAAUGGGGAAAUUUCCGUUGUGGUUGUGACGUUACUGGUCGCGUUACUCUUGAUAAGAAUCAUAUUGUUAGCAGUGAUAUGUGUAAUGGGCGCGAUGCUGCUAGUACCCGUUGUGUUACUCGUGUUGCUCGUCCUGGUGAACUUAAUUCCCGUGGAAAAAAGGCAUUUUGGUAUGUUGAUUAUUAUUGUGUUUUGAUAACAAUUCAUCAGAAGAAUACUAUCAUAUUUGAUUCAGUUAUCGGUGUAUUCUCCUAUGAAUUUAUCAUUUCGAAUAUCGUAUAAUUUUAUAUUAAUUCAGUGUUUUUUUGUCUUUUUAGAACAUCUAUGGAAUAUCACCAUCAUUUAUCAUCAACAAACAUUACUGAGUGGUCAUCUCCCUCUUUCCUUAUAUUUUCCCCCAAUUUCUAAUUCUAAUAAAAUAUAAAUACUAAAACCAUGUGCUGCUUAU